AUGCUAACCAUCUCUUCUUUUAAAGCAUUUUGCGAAUCUGGCGGAACCGCAAAAAGCGAGGAGGUGCUCUUCCUCCCCCCGAUUGUCGAUGCAGCCGAGUCCUCGCCCACCGCCGCCGCCGAAUGCGCACGCAUCAUCCGCAAAUACAUGGCCAAGGAGUACUCCUCGCGCCCGUCAUGGCAGUACAAUGCCAUCAUGCUGAUGCGGAUACUGGCCGACAACCCGGGCGAGACGUUUACGAGGAACCUCGAUGUCAAGUUUGUAGACACGUCUCGGGCAUUGCUCAAGGGCACAAAGGACAAUGGCGUGCGCCAGAUUCUCAUGGACACGCUGGAUGACUUUGAGCGCACCAAGUUUUACGACGUGAACUUGACCCUCAUCAUCACCAUGUGGCAGGAGGAGAAGGACAAGGCGAUUAAGCAGCAUGGAGGUCGAGCACCUACACUGCCCCAACGCCCACCGCAGUCGUUCGCACCAGAUAACACAUUCAACGGGUAUUCGCAAAACUACUUCUCUCGGCACCACACGAAUCACCGGCUGCCAGAACCCGCCGAGCUGACUAGCCGGCUGGAAGAGGCGCGGUCGUCUGCAAAACUGCUGGAACAGCUUGUUAUCAACACACCAGCCGUGGAGCUGCUUGAAAAUGACCUGAUCAAGGAAUUUUCAAACCGAUGUUUGAGUGCUUCAAGAAGCAUCCAGGGCUACAUGGUGUCAACGGAUCCCGCGCCGGACAAUGAUACCAUGGAGAGCCUCAUCGACACCAACGAACAGCUACAGACUGCGCUUAGCCAGCACCAACGUGCCAUACUCAGUGCCCGAAAGCAACUGGGCCUCAACGAGCGAUCCGAGAACCCAUCGCCUGCCCCUGAGCAGCAAUCGCUUCACGGCUCCGGUGCCCCUAAUGGCGUUCAGGGAUGGCAAGUCCCCAAGCCCGCGGCAUCUUCAUCCAGAUCUAGCCCCGCGCCCCCUCCCAAUGUCUCAGCUGGUAACGGAAAGGGCAAAGACACCGACCUUUACAGCCCUCCGUUCCAUCCUCCACCAAACGGAAGCCAGCACCUGGACCCGGGCCGAGGCAGGGCGCCUCCCCCGGAGCCCGAGCCUGUGGAAGACCCAUUCAGUGACCCGCAACCCGGCGGUUCCAGCUCCAACGGCCAUCUAUUGGUCAUUGACGAGCCUUUCCACCCUGGUUUUGGAUUGAAUAAUCAUCGGGAUGGCUCGUCAACACACGGUACCACUGGAUCUGGCGUCGCUUCCGAGAGCCACUCGACACACAAUUUGCACCCAGACUACCAGGUUUCAGACGACGAGGACCUUUAUACGUCUCCUCCCAAGAGCAGCAAGGAGCCCAUGUAUCGGUACUGA